UUGGGACUCGCAGAGAAUUGAUGCUUGCUAGAUCUUUCCCUUUUUCCUGUCGCCUUCUGAAUCCGGAAUUUUUAAUAGUUAAGGCUUCUCAUAAAGCGAUAGCAUAAAAGGAGUUCACUACCUCUGACCAUUAUUAUUUAUUAGGACUGUUUUUUCGGUUUAUUUGGGCUUUGAGGUAAGUUAGUUAAGUUGCAUCAAGUUUCCUUUCUUUCUUUUUUCUUUCUUUUACUUUAUUCCUUCCUUCCUUUCCUUUUCCUUUCUUUUUUAUCCCCCAAAGCUGGUUCAUUGUCCUAAGAAGCAGAAAACUGGUAGGGGCGCCGUAGGAAACACUCCCCUCUCCCCACCCCCCUCCAUUUCUCCAGUUGUAAUGGUUUUAGGUUAUGACUGUUUUUACAUGGUUGAACAAUAAGUUUGGGAGAAACUGCCUAGAGGGUAGAUUUUGUAAUAGGGUUACAGGAUUUAGUAUGUUGUAAUAAUAUUAGUACACAACUAAUCCUCCUCCAUGUCUGAUUUUACUGGAGGGCCUUACACACUCCAAUUCUUUUUAUUUGGGAGUAGUUGUGAGAUAGAGAACUGAGCAAUCAUGUCUCCAAGUUACCUUUAAAAAGUCACCACCCUUCACACACUGUAUCCAGCCACCCAUUCUCCUGUCGGAGCAGAACACACACUUCAAGGAGUCAUUGGAGUUCUGUGUUUCAGUUUGCGGGUUGGUUUGUUUAAUCUACAUGAAAGUUGUUAAAUUUUUAGAAGAUUAACCUUCCUUAAACACUGUGGUUACUUUUUUUUUUCUUUCCUGAGAUGGGCUUAAAACAUGGCAAAGGAAAUGUUGAACCUAUCAAAUUAAACCUAGUUGGUGGUGCCCUCAGCAGAAGCUGGCACCUCCGAUUUCAUGACUUUGGUCCAGAGUGAGACAUAGAAAAGUUUGUAGGCACCCCCGUUACAGUUGCCCUGAAGGAGCUACUCCCAAGGCUGGGAGUAGUCAGGCUUACUGUGCGGCUUGUCACUCCUGUGUGUGUUUGAGCGUGUGCGUGCGUACAAAGAAAAUCCAAGGUAGGCUCAGCAAUCUCCAGGAUAACUUUAUCAGAACAAGUUCAAGAAACAAGAUCAUUUGGUCAGUCUAAUGAUGUUCAUAUUUUAAUUCUAUUUUUGGUGCUGCUAUAUACUCUCCUAAAAUAAACUGGGAGAUUUUUACUGUUUCUUAUGAAACCAAGAGUAUGGCACUUAUUACUUGUCUCUUAAAUGAUAUUCAACAAGUCUCGAGUUACUUGUAGAAAGAUGACUGCCACUGGGAAAAUUAUUUAGCAAGGUAAAUAAUUUUGAGGAAAGAGAACAUUAGAAUGAGAUGAUUUUGUAUGUGGAUUCUUCACUAGCGAUUCGGAUUUCAGGUGUGUGUGUAUAUGUGUGUGUUGGCUUUUUCUUCCUUGUGUAGUUUUAAGAUUCCUGGAAUGACAUGUUUGGCCCACUCAUACUCCAUUCAUUUAUUAAGAAAGUACUUCUGUGCCCAGCUUUUUCAAGGAAGAGAUCAUAUUGGAAGAAAGAUAAAAACACUGCAGAUAAAACUGCAGAUAAAACACUGCCUCUCAUAUAAAGUAUCACAAAAAAUUCCUUUUAUUUAUAUUAAUAAUGAAAUUCUAUUAUUUACCAUGGUAAUUUACUCAUUGUGAGCAGCUUAAUGGCAACACAUAGAUUUCUGGGCCCAAAAGGUUAGAGAGAACUAUAAUUAAUUGCUUUUUUUGAAAAAACGACACCUGCAUGAUAAGGCAGUUGCAAAGAACUCCUGUUUAAUCAGGCCUAUUUUAAGUUGGUGGCAUCAUGGAAGAUUUUGGAUGAGAAAAUGCAAGCUGCUUGGGGGGAUUUGCUGGAGGCCUUACAUACUUCCUAAAAUGUUACAAACAAACAAACACAAGCAAGCGAAAGGUGGAAGGACAUGAGAGAGUGUGCAUGAAAGUGAAUUUGUGAUACCGAAUGUUUUGUGGUUUAUUUUACAUCCAGGUUCACCUAUGGUUUAUAAGCACAAGUGUCAAUUUAUAGGUUAUUCUUUGGGGACUUUAUGUCAUUUCUUUCUGCUUUGGCAGGUAGCAAGUUGUCUUGACCCACAGUCCUUUGGAAAGCAAAAAUCUGAAUUUUUGAGGCAGAGCUCUCACGGAAAAGUGGAGGGGUGGGAAUUAGGUAGACCAGCAGUUCAGUUUUUUGAAAUUGAGAAAAGCCAAGCUCAGUGGAGUAGCCAGAACUAAUUCCUUCUGCAGACUUAAUUCGGUUUUUCUAAGGUACCUCCUGAUACCGCUCACCCAGUCUUCCCAAAUAUUCUUAGAUUACCAAAAGGGCAGUCAUGGAGCAUUUGAAGGGAGGAGGUGGUAAAUUAUCCCAAGAACCAGCACCCCUCCCCCUCCGAAAGAAAAAAGUCGCUGUGCCAGGCUUUGGAAAACGUAGAUGUGUGGAGCUGUUUUAACCUUUGCUAGCCUCCUCCCAUGCAGAGGUGACAAGGUCCAGAUCAUAAUAUGUCCUUCAGUAUCUUCCCAGUGACCCCCAAAUUGAGUCUUGCUAGUCACUUAGCAGGAAGUUCGGAGUUUAUUUUAGUUUCACCUUAUCAGCUUGGCUUCUUUUCCUAACCUUAUUCCCCUGUCACCCUCAGAUGCCAGACCCCCAAAGGGGAAGAUUGACAGGUAGUUCCCAUAGCUCAGUUUUACCCUCAAACAACAGGGAUUUAGUUUCUUGUGCCUUUGCCAAUGUUUAUGUAGUCAAAGUUUAGAUCUCGCCUUAAGCAGUCUCUUUUACGCGUCACUGGAAGAGGAAAGCCACAAAGAAGUUUUUGAACAAACCCUUGCAACUGGAACCCCAUCUAGUGUUCAGUUUGCUUCAUCCAAGGGGAAGAUAUUUUCCCCCUUUCAUUUAUUGUGUACAUUAGGUGGGCUGGUAUCACGAUUUUCAAAGGACUGUCUUGUCCGUGUUGUUAUUUUGUCAGAGAUUUCCCCUUGUAUUCUUCCACUCGAGAACACGCUAAUCCCAGGCAGAACACUGAGGGGACUUGAAGGGAGCCAGUAAAAUGUGUCAUCUGGCUACAGAUCUCACAGAAGAAACUUAAGACAUUACAGAAAACAUGCAGAGCAUAUGUGGCAGUGUUUAAAUUGCGGUGGAAUCUCAAGCUGAACGUUCAAAUGCAGGUUUUUCCCAGGUCUGUGCAAGAAAAAGAAAAAGAAAAAUCAAUCAAUCAGAAAUGUUUGCGAUAGCCUUUCGAAAUUGGUCUACCAAAAGGAACAGCCAGUUAAAACUAUAGGCUCCAAGAUCAUAAUCUUGCGAGGUUUUCUUAAAAACGUUAAUGUGAUCUGAAGGUACUGGGAAGUCAAGCGAAGGGUCUUUCUGAGAAGCUCCAAAAAAAGAAAACUCAGCGUGGUACAGUAGGGCUGUUGUUUUGUUUUCCUGGCUGGCUAAACCUUUCAGCAUGGAGCAUAGUUUUAUUUUUGUUUUCUCAGCAGACAGAUAUACUGGAACACUUCAAUUUUCUGCCUCCUAUUCUGCAGUGUUGAGUUCAGAUGAUGAAAAGCUGACAUAUUUGAAUUGGGCAUCAAGAACCUAAAUAGUACAAUGAGAACUAAAACAUCUGGGAUUUUCAUAUAAAUUGGAUAAAGCUAGAAGAUCACCUCUUCCUCUGGCCCAGAGAGGCCUACGGAGAUGACCACACACCAUUUGUACAACAGAAGUUGGUGUUCCCCAUGCUGGGCAAACAAUGGGACGCCAUCCUGUCUUUGAAUAGGAUGUUAGCUUGGAGUUGGAGAUUUUUAUGUUUAAUUUACAAAUGGAUCUUAGUGAGAAGAAAUCUGAGCAACCAGUGGAAACAAACAUGAAAUAAAGGGAUUUUAUAAUGAAAGGAGACACAGAGAAGGGUCAACCCAACCGCACCACUAAGAGCAAGGAUGCCCACAUCUGUGGCCGGUGCUGCGCCGAGUUCUUCGAAUUGUCAGAUCUUCUGCUCCACAAGAAGAAUUGUACUAAAAACCAAUUAGUUCUAAUCGUAAAUGAAAGUCCAGCCUCCCCACCUGAAACCUUCUCAAGCCCCAGCCCCACUCCUGAUCAUCCCCAGGAACAAAUGAAUGACACGGCUAACAAAACAGAGCAAGGAGAGUGCAGCGACCUGGCCGAAGCCCAGGCACCGGACAGGGAAGAGUCCAUGGAGGUGGAGGCCCCGGCAGCUCCCAAAGGCGCCAGUGGGCCUCUGAGCAGUGGUGGUGACAGCAGCGUCCCCCCUAGCUGCAGCAGCAGCAGCUCCGGCGCAGGUACCUCAGCGAUCACAACCUCUCUACCUCAACUCGGGGACCUGACAACACUGGGCAACUUCUCCGUGAUCAACAGCAACGUCAUCAUCGAGAACCUCCAGAGCACCAAGGUGGCAGUGGCCCAGUUCUCCCAAGAAGCGAGAUGCAAUGGGGCCUCCGGGGGCAAGCUGGCCGUCCCAGCCCUGAUGGAGCAGCUCUUAGCUCUGCAGCAGCAACAGAUCCACCAGCUGCAACUGAUCGAACAGAUUCGUCACCAAAUAUUGCUGUUGGCUUCUCAGAAUGCAGACCUGCCAACCUCUUCCAGUCCUUCUCCAGGUACUUUACGAACAUCUGCCAACCCCUUGUCCACCCUCAGCUCCCAUUUAUCUCAGCAGCUGGCGGCGGCAGCUGGGUUAGCACAGAGCCUUGCCAGCCAGUCUGCCAGCAUCAGCGGUGUGAAACAGCUCCCCCCCAUCCAGCUACCUCAGAGCAGUUCCGGCAACACCAUCGCCCCCCCACACAGCGGCUCUUCCCCCAGCGUUCACAUAUUGGCGGCAGCAGUUCCCACCCCAUCCUCGGAAAAAGUGGCUUCGAGCGCGGGCGCCUCCCACACCAGCAACCCCGCGGCCUCUGCCUCAUCCUCACCAGCUUUUGCAAUAAGCAGUCUGUUGAGUCCUGCAUCUAAUCCACUUCUACCUCAGCCGGCCCCCGCUAACUCGGUUUUCCCCAGCCCUUUGCCCAACAUUGGAACGACAGCAGAGGAUUUAAACCCCUUGUCCGCCUUGGCCCAGCAAAGAAAAAGCAAGCCACCAAAUGUCACCGCCUUCGAGGCCAAGAGCGCUUCGGAUGAGGCGUUCUUCAAACACAAGUGCAGGUUCUGUGCAAAGGUCUUCGGAAGCGACAGUGCCUUGCAGAUCCACCUUCGUUCCCACACCGGAGAGAGGCCGUUCAAGUGCAACAUCUGCGGGAACAGGUUCUCCACCAAGGGGAACCUCAAAGUCCACUUUCAGCGCCACAAAGAGAAGUACCCUCAUAUCCAGAUGAACCCCUACCCCGUGCCUGAGCAUCUGGACAGCAUACCCACCAGUAGCGGCAUCCCCUACGGCAUGUCUAUCCCUCCAGAAAAGCCGGUCACCAGCUGGCUAGACACCAAACCCGUCCUGCCCACCCUGACCACUUCUGUCGGCCUGCCGUUGCCCCCCACCCUCCCGAACCUCACCCCCUUCAUCAAGACCGAAGAGCCAGCCCCCAUCCCCAUCAGCCAUUCUGCUGCCAGCCCCCCGGGCUCCGUCACAAGCGACUCUGGGGCCCCCGAGCCGGCGGCGAGAAACCCGGGUGGGCUCCCGGAGGAAGCGGAAGGCCCCACUGCGCCCCCUCCCGGCGGCAAAAGCGAAGAGAGUGGUGUGGUCCCCAGCUCGGCCUCAGCCCCGAACGCCUGCGUGCUGAGCUCCCUGGCAUCUGACGGCGGCGGUCCCGGCAGUGCCUCGACUUUCACCAACCCUCUGUUGCCGCUCAUGUCCGAGCAGUUCAAGGCGAAGUUUCCCUUUGGGGGACUCUUGGACUCAGCCCAGGCCUCAGAAACAUCCAAGCUUCAGCAACUGGUGGAAAACAUUGACAAGAAGGCCACUGACCCCAAUGAGUGCGUCAUCUGCCACCGGGUCCUCAGCUGUCAGAGCGCCUUGAAGAUGCACUACCGCACCCACACCGGGGAGAGGCCCUUCAAGUGUAAGAUCUGCGGCCGGGCUUUCACCACGAAAGGGAACCUGAAGACCCACUACAGCGUCCAUCGAGCUAUGCCCCCGCUCAGAGUCCAGCAUUCCUGCCCCAUCUGCCAGAAGAAGUUCACCAACGCCGUGGUCCUACAGCAGCACAUCCGAAUGCACAUGGGGGGCCAGAUCCCCAACACCCCGGUCCCUGACAGCUACCCCGAGUCCAUGGAGUCCGACACAGGCUCCUUUGAUGAGAAAAAUUUCGAUGACCUAGACACCUUCUCCGAUGAAAACAUGGAAGACUGUCCCGAGGGCAGCAUCCCGGACACGCCCAAGUCCGCAGACGCGUCCCAAGACAGCCUGUCUUCCUCGCCUUUGCCUCUAGAGAUGUCAAGCAUCGCCGCUUUGGAAAAUCAGAUGAAGAUGAUCAAUGCUGGCCUGGCAGAGCAGCUGCAGGCCAGCCUGAAGUCGGUGGAGAACGGGUCAGUCGAGGGGGAUGUCCUGACCAACGAUUCAUCCUCGGUGGGUGGCGACAUGGAGAGCCAAAGUGCAGGCAGCCCAGCCAUCUCAGAGUCUACCUCCUCCAUGCAGGCUCUGUCCCCAUCCAACAGCACCCAGGAAUUCCACAAGUCACCCAGCGCCGAGGAGAAGCUGCAGAGAGCAGGGGCAAGCGAGUUUGCCAAUGGUUUGUCUCCCGCCCCAGUGAAUGGUGGGGCUCUGGAUUUGACAUCUAGUCACACAGAGAAAAUCAUCAAAGAAGAUUCUUUGGGAAUCCUCUUCCCUUUCAGAGACCGGGGUAAAUUUAAAAACACUGCUUGUGACAUUUGUGGCAAAACCUUUGCUUGUCAGAGUGCCUUGGACAUUCACUACAGAAGUCAUACCAAAGAGAGACCAUUUAUUUGCACAGUCUGCAAUCGUGGCUUUUCCACCAAGGGUAAUUUGAAGCAACACAUGUUGACACAUCAGAUGCGGGAUCUACCAUCACAGCUCUUUGAGCCCAGUUCCAACCUUGGCCCCAAUCAGAACUCGGCGGUGAUUCCCGCCAACUCGUUGGCAUCUCUCAUCAAGACAGAGGUCAACGGCUUCGUGCAUGUGACUCCUCAGGACAGUAAGGACACGCCCACCAGUCACAUCCCUUCUGGGCCUCUGUCUUCCUCUGCCACGUCCCCAGUUCUGCUCCCAGCUCUGCCCAGGAGAACCCCCAAACAGCACUACUGCAACACGUGUGGUAAGACCUUCUCCUCGUCGAGUGCCCUGCAGAUUCACGAGAGAACUCACACUGGAGAGAAACCCUUUGCUUGCACUAUUUGUGGAAGAGCUUUCACAACAAAAGGCAAUCUUAAGGUACACAUGGGCACUCACAUGUGGAAUAGCACCCCCGCCCGCCGGGGUCGCCGGCUCUCUGUGGAUGGCCCUAUGACAUUUCUAGGAGGCAAUCCCGUCAAGUUCCCAGAAAUGUUCCAGAAGGAUUUGGCGGCCAGGUCAGGAAGCGGGGAUCCUUCCAGUUUCUGGAAUCAGUACGCAGCCGCGCUUUCCAACGGGCUGGCGAUGAAGGCCAAUGAGAUCUCCGUCAUUCAGAAUGGGGGCAUCCCUCCAAUUCCUGGAAGCCUGAGCAGUGGAAGCAGCUCACCUAUUAGUGGGCUGACAGGAAACCUGGAGAAGCUCCAGAACUCAGAGCCCAGCGCGCCCCUGGCCGGCCUGGAGAAGAUGGCAAGCAGCGAGAAUGGAACCAACUUCCGUUUCACCCGCUUCAUGGAAGACAGCAAAGAGAUCGCCACAAGUUAAGGCCCUCUGGCUGGAGAGAGCGCAUCCCCCAUUCAGAAUGAGACCCACGGUUGCCUCCUCCUCCUUGCCCUGCCCCCCGACUUCUGGUUCCCCCACAGCUCCCCCCUGCCCCCCACCCACAGAUCUCUGAACUACAACGUUCUGAAGACAUUCUUUUGUACCUUGUUCAACUUCUAGAGUUCUAAGAAAGCUUAUUUAUUAGUGAUAUAACCUGGCUUUGCAAACAGAAUGCAAGCGUUAACUUUGGUCUUCUGUAUUUUUGGACUAAAUACUAAUUGACUAGAGUCCUGUAAACUUGCUGUAACAUUUAUGGCAAUUGCAAGUUGCCCUGCUAGGCGGUCUUAAUCUGGCAUUAACUUAUUUUCUAUAUCCAGUUUAAUAUGAAUCUGGUGUUGAUGCAAUGCCUCAGUGAUGCAUUAGAUCUCUAAUAAAAUCUGUAUAUAAAUGUAUACUUUGAUCCUGCUGGAAAAUUUUAUCAGCAAACACAUUGUCUAAUCUUUUGAAACAAAUUUAAGGAAAGGACUGAAAGUACAGACUGAACUGUGUGGUUCUUUGAAAGGUUUGGGUGUUUGUUUGUUUUUUCUAAAAUUCAACCUGCUUUUUUUUUUUUUUUUUUUGGUAGAUUUAACCCUUUCCGUUUUGAACUGCUAUUUGUAUUGUGCUUUUUACUUGAGUCGUCCUCAAUGUUAAUAAGUUUCUGUACAGUGAUAAGCACGCAGAAUUCUUUAGAGAAAAAUACAAGUGUUGUUUUGGUAGUUGAAACUAAGACGUAACAUUUUGCCUUGUAGGUAUAUUCACAAUAGAAAAUGUGUGCUGGAAUUUCACAAUGCUGCUAAGAAUAGCAUCUUGAACAACCUUCAGUGGAGAAAAAAAUGUAGAUGCUCUUGUAUAUACAAAAAGAAAUAUCACUUUCAUUAAAAUGUACAUAUGUUCCUUACAAGAGCAAAUGCUUCUUCUUGAUCAAGAGAGCAGGUAUAGUGUUUGUUUAUUUUGUAUUAGGUAUGGAAGAAAAAAAAAUGGACUGUUACAUGCACUUUCUUGGAAAGUUGAAAGGAAGGGGGGGUCCAAUUUCUUUAACAUUUAAUACUUACUAACAACAGAGAUACUGUAAUUUUACUCAAGUAAUCAAAUACAUUUUUUUUUGCAACAGAUAAAACAAAUAACUGUGUCUGUGUUUUUACAGUGCAUUUCUAUUUAGCCAGGCCCCAAAAUGUAUUUUAGCAUUUCCCCAGGCACCAGUAAAUUGUGUAUGUAUCUCUCUCUCUCUCUCUCUAAAUAAGGAAUUGUAAAAGGCAUAACAGAAACAGGUUUGCAUGAGCAUGUGUUUUCUUUUUCUCUUUCUUCUUCUUUUUUUUUAAUUUGGAGGAUCUAGAUAUUCUCCCAAUAUCAAUUACUUGUUUGGCUACUCUUCUUACAACCUCUCUGCCCCCAAGAAAAAAGA